CUGUAAACAUGAUUUUAAGCCGAUAUGGAACAUACUACGUUUCCUAUAUAGUUCAUGAUUCGGGGGAAAUAUCGUUCCAAUAUGAGUCGCUGCAGAUAUCUGAUCCCUUUGAACUUUUUCGCAUAAUCUGUAUGGACAGACACCAAUAAAAAAAAGAAUUGCAGUAAUAACAAGAAAGCUUUCGGAAAUAAAUACCAACGAUGGCAACAACGAAAAAUUAUAUUCAACGAUCAGCUGCUUCAGCAGAAACAAAUGGAAUGAAAACUAUUGAUUCGGGCUUGGAUAUCGGCAGAUUUAACAUCCACGCGGCUCCUAUUCCUGGUAACUAUAGUUUAACACCAACUAGCAGACAUGUUGAUUCAAUUACCAAGUAUAAAAGCGCUGUGAAAAUGAUGCUUCCCAUACGUUUGACGGGAAAAGUCGAGGGUAUCAUACCAACACAUAAAGUAGGAUUGUUUUCAUUUGCCUAUAUCACAUGGUUUACAAGGAAGCUUUUCGAAUUCUUUCGCAUGCAAAAGAAAGGAGAAAUGGCCAGUAUAUUGAUGUGCGGUAAAGAAGAUAGCUGUGAAAAAACAAUUCCAAGGCUGAAACAAAUCUGGUUUCAAGAAGUUUCGAAAAAGGGACCAGAAAAUGCUUCGUUUAGCAAAGCAGUCAUGCGUUUUGCCCGAACCCGAAUCAUUAUGUCAAUAAUAUUCAUUUGCUUCAAUGCAAUUAUAUCGUUUCUCGCAGCCAGCUUCCUUAUAAGACUCUUCGUUCAAUAUCUAGAGACACCUGACCAAACUUUAACCACAGGACUCAUUCUAGCGACAGCAUUAACAGUAUGCCACUUUGUUCGAAAUUUUACUUAUUCAUUCAUAUGGUGCACCAACUUUGUUACUGGACAUCGUGUUCGAAAUAGCUGUCUCGGUUUGAUGUACGAUAAAGUGCUGAGGCUGCAAAAUGUAGGUAGUAAACAGAUGGGUGAGGUAAGUUUUGUUCGGAAAAUGAACGAAAUCAUCAACAGUAUCAAAUUAAUCAAGAUGUACAGUUGGGAAUCAGCUUUCUCUUCUGUCGUAACAGUACUACGGAGAGCAGAAAAGAAAACAUUAAAGCGAAUCAGUAUCUUACAAGGAAUUGCUAACGGUAUCGUCCCCAUCAUACCGACCCUCACUUCGGUGACUACUAUCGCUGCCUUUCGAGCAAGCGGCAAUGAAAUUGAUGCGUCUACAGUAACUAAAACUUUUAACUUAACUUCUCAGUCAUAUGUGUCGCACUUGUAUUCUCGAACAGCUACAUUUCAAAUUGGGACUUCCACCUCAGCUGGAAGCGAUGUCUCAGCUCUUAAUUAUACUCUUAAUGAUAUAACAUUGAACGGGAAAAUAAUUGGAAUCUGCGGACCUGUUGGCAGUGGUAAAAGUUCCCUUCUGUCGGCCAUUCUUGGUAGAAUUGAGAAAAAGAAGGGAACUACUGCUAUAGACGGUAGUAUAGCGUAUACUCCUCAGCAAGCUUGGAUCUUUAACGGGACUCUCAAAGAAAAUAUUUUAUUUGGUCAGGAAAUGGAUGAGAGAAGAUAUGCUGCCGUCAUUCAAGCCUGCUCCCUUGAAACAGACUUGAAACUUUUUGAGGAACGAGAUGAAACAGAAAUCGGUGAUCGCGGUGCCAACUUGAGCGGAGGUCAGAAACAGCGACUGAGUCUGGCGCGCGCUGUGUACAGCGGGCGAGACAUUUACCUUCUCGAUGACCCCCUUUCAGCAGUUGACGUCAAGGUGGCGAAACAUCUGUUCUACUCUUGUCUCAAGAAAUACCUCUUCCACAGCACAAUCAUUAUCUGUACACAUCAGUUACAGCUUGUCAUUCCUGGAUAUAUUCGUUGUAAACAAUUGCUUCCUUUCUUUACAGAAACUCUAAAUAAAGUUGAGACUCCAAACAAAGAGCUUCCUGUACCCGAUCAACAAUCAGUUUCGCGAGAAAGUGAUCAUGGUGAAAACCAAAAAGAAACACCACACGAUGGCGGCCUGACAAUAAAAGAACGAAUCAUUAUUGACAGUGUACCUCUCUCUGUCUACCGAAGUUAUAUCAAGGCUGGUGGAGGAUGUUUCUUAUUUUUCUUAGUCUUACUAAUUUAUGGCCUCACAUUUGGUUCAAUUGUCUUCAGUGAUUGGUGGCUUAGCUACUGGAUUAACACUUCUUGGAAUGUUACUGAAAUGAAAGAGAGAAGUUUGGAGAAUAUUACUGGUCGUUCAAAAACUACUCAUUUUUAUCUCAAUUCAAACGAUUCAACAUUAUCUACACUAUACAUGGGCACAAGCAAUUCGAUGCCAAUAAUUGAUGAAUCUUCGGCUUCUAAUGACAAUGCAACGACUGCGAUAUUCAAUACAGUAACAUCAAUAUACAAUGCAAUUACCAAUACAACGAAUUUGAUUGUCACGAACACAACACAAAUGUACCAGAAUUCAUAUACAACAGAUACGUAUAACAAUUCAGAUACCAGUAUGACAGAUUUGAUCUUAACUACGCGAAACAUAUACAAGAAUUUAGUCACCAAUACAACAGAUUCGAACAUCUUGGAUAUAGGAGACAUGUCCCGGAAUUCUAUACUCAAUGCGACAUCUGAAUAUACCAACAAUGAUUGGUUUUAUCUCUUAGUUUAUUCCUCCGUAGCUGUCGUAAUACCCGUAUUACUAAUUUUGAAAGGAAUAUCACUAGCAACACUUACAAUGUCUGCUUCUACUACUAUACAUGAUAAUAUAUUCACAAACGUCAUCAGAAGUCCAAUGAGUUUCUUCGACAGUAAUCCCCCAGGAAGAAUCAUGAAUAAAUUUUCGAAAGAACUAGAUGAAGCUGAUUACACAUUACCGCAGUUACUGGAUAUAUUACUUCAGGUGUUUAUGCAAUUCGUGAUUUUAGCUAUUAUGUCUCUCCAGACUAAUUUGAUGUUUAUCAUUGGAUUCGUCUUAGCCUUUAUCAUAAUGUAUUUGCUUCGCUAUAUAUCAAUUGCGACCGUACGACAAUUGAAGCGACUGGAAAACCUCAAGCGCUCAGUUUUACUUGGUCACGUCAAUACAACCACCAACGGACUUGUGACAAUAAGCACAUUCAACCAAAAUGAAUUUUUCUUCAAAAGAUUUUGUUACCACCACGAUGUCGUGUGCUCAGUGGAGCUUCUGUUUGAUUUCGCCCUCCGUUGGGUGGGAGUUCGGCUAGAUCUGACUUUCAUAUGUAUUUUCGUAGCAGCGGUUUAUAUUUUUGCUCUCAGUAAAGGCACAAUUUCACCUUCGUUUGCAGCUAUGACAUUGAACUUUUUAACGCAGAUUCUCAACAUGUCCCAAUUCCUUAUCCGGAUUAUAAAUGACACGGAAUCAAGGUUUACAAUUAUUGAACGCUUAAAUCAAUUUCGCUCUUUAACUCCCGAAAUUACAGAAGAGGCCAGAAAUAUACCAAAAAAAAACAACUGGCCCAAAACAGGAGACGUCAGAUUUUCAGGAGUUUGGAUGAAAUACAGAGAAGAUAUGAAAUACAUCUUCAAAAAUGUCUCCUUUCACAUCCGUGAUAAUGAAAAGAUUGGUAUUGUGGGUCGUACUGGCGCCGGCAAAUCAUCCCUGGGCAGUAUUCUGUUCAGGCUUGUGAAAGUAGACAAAGGAAAGGUUUUAAUCGAUGAUGUUGACAUUUGUAUGAUUAACCUAGAUGAAUUAAGAUCGAAAAUAUCAAUCAUACCACAAGACCCUGUUCUAUUUUCUGGCACAAUAAGAUACAAUCUUGACCCUUUCUCUGAGUACUCAGAUGAAAAACUGUGGGAAUCUCUGGAAAAAGUACAGAUAAAGUCCAAAAUCAUGAGCAUGGAGCAUUGUCUUGACUCAAUGGUUGAAGAAAAUGGUGAAAAUAUUUCUGUUGGAGAAAGGCAACUAAUUUGCAUGGCACGGGCACUAUUGAAGAACAAUAAGAUUUUAUUACUGGACGAAGCUACCGCCUCCAUAGAUACAGGAACCGAUGCUAUAAUACAAGCAACAAUUGCUAGAGUCUUUUCUGACUAUACUGUAUUGACAAUUGCGCAUCGUCUGAACACAGUAUUAAACUGCGAUAAAAUAUUGGUUAUGGACCAAGGAGAAAUCAUUGAAUUUGAUUCACCAGAGGUUCUCCUUAGUAAGCCGUCAUCAAUGUUUAGUCAAAUGAUGUCAACAAGUGGUGGGGGAGCACUAUAAUUAUCACAGAAAGCAGCCUAACACAUAGGUGAGUCAAUGGCAAGUUGACAUAUGAAUGUGUGUGCAUGUAGAUACAAACAUAUAUACAGGGUGUUUGGGCUAAAUUUGACAGUUUACAUAAGAGAAAAAGAAAAUAUAAUAUCUCAUCCAAAAAUAAAAUAGAUUUUAAAAAUCAAAAAAUAUCAACUAGAUUAUGGCUAGAUGAUAACAAUUUACUCAAAGUAGUCUCCCUCAGCUUCCACCGGAGCCUCAAGACAACUCCAGAACCUGAUGCAUGCAUUCCUCACAGUGUUCCAAGAAAGAUCUCUGAACACAUCCUUGAUCUUGGCCACCAGCUCAGCCUUGGUGUUGUAGGCAGAGCAAUUGGUGUCCUUCUGAACCAUGCCCCAUAUAUAUAAGUAAUCCAUGGGAUUAGAACAGGAGGAAUUAGGAGGCCAGAAAUUGGGACUGGUAAGACCAUAGAAAUUUUCAGACAAUCACUUCUGAAACUUCCCAAAGGUAUGGCAAGGAGCUGAAUCCUGCUGCCAUACAUAUGACCUCCUAACAGUAACCCUCUCCAGGUAGGGUUUGAGGAGUUUCCAGAAGCUUCACAAAGCCAUCUGAAUUGAGCCAAAGGCACUGUUCAAAGAUGCAGGACAACAUAACAUCACACUCAUUAAAGAUAUAUUCAAUGACCAUCACAGAUUGUGAGAACUUGGUUUCCAUGAUGUUCAUGUCAUGCUUCACAGCUUUUACAGUGCUCACAGAGCAUGCGUAGCAAUCAUGUCAGCAUUUUGAUACACAGCACAAAUCAUCAUGAUACAGGUAACUCUUUUCCAAUAUUCAGAUGGCUUCCAGUGCUCCAUGUCAGCUAACAUUUUCUCAACUACAACUUUCAUCUUUAUGCUCUCCAACACAGUUGACUAUUCAUUAUAGGAGGCUGUUCUUGAAAGAAGGCAUGAAAGUCAUCAAACCUAGCUUGAACAUGUUAUAUGCAUGCACACACACACGUACACACACACUAUAUAUGUGUGUGUGGGUGUAUAUGUGUGUAUAUGUAUGUGUGCAUAUAUACUAUAUAUAUA